AUGGAGAAUGAUACAACUAUGACAAUCAUCAAACUCAUGAAUCAAGAUCUGGUUAGAUUGGAUCGAUUUGACAGGACUAACUUCACGGAAUUUGGCGACUUUGCCGGAACCAACGUGUUAGGAAAUAUGAGAAAGCCUCAGGAUAGAAAGAAUGAAGCCCCUAGUAGAUUCACAAAAGAUAAAAUUGAGAAAGAUAACAAUAAGGGGUCUAGUGAGAAGCCACGUUUGGUUAGAUGCCAUGAGUGUCCAGGAAUAGGUCACUAUAGGAAUGAAUGUCCGAGCUAUAAGAAAAAUCAAAGAAAAGGGAAAGGUAAGGCCUUAGUUGUCUCACUUACUGAUAAUGAAUCUGAGACCAGUGAUAGGCAGGAAUCCUCCAGUAGUGAUACUGAAGGAAAUUAUAUGGCAUUUGUGGCUACUGUUAAGAGUGAGUCUGAUAAGGAAAGUGAUAAGGUUGAGGAAGAGCAAUCAAAUGAUAAUUCUGUUAAUGAAAAUGAGGAUGAGGAUGACAUAGACCUACAAGAAGCAUAUCAACAACUGUUUAAAGAAAGUCUUAAAAUAAAGAAGGUCGAUAAAUCCCUACUUAAAAAGCUUGACGAACUUGAACGGGAAAAAGAGAAACUAGGUGGUAAGCUUCAGGAGUCACUUAAGAGCGGUAGUGAGUUGAAGUGUGUCAAUGAGAAAUUGGAAGACAAGGUUAAGAGUUUGACUAGUGAAUUGGAAAAAUCUAAUGCCCAUCUCAGACAUUCAUUAGUGGAACUAAGAAAUUAG